GGGGGAAAUGAGAGACGACGGGAGGAAAAAGACACACGGGCGGCGGGCGACGGCCAGAAAAAUAUACAUCACAUUCCUCAUGCAUGGCCGGUGGCGUGGCGUGGCGUCUCUGCAGGCAAAGCAUGCAAGCUCGUUUGCGAAUCUUCACGCAGCAGAGGAGCCGUUGGCUCGACUCGGCAGCUUCCCCGUCGGUGCGGUGGGGAAAGGGUUCGCUGUCUGGAGACGGAGGCGGACGCCACAGCUGCGAGAGAGAGAGAGUGCGAUCAGCAGAGAGAGAGAGAGAGAGAGAGAGAGAGAUGACUGACAGACGCCACGGCAUGCUCGUCAUUCCCGCACAUUGCUUUUUGGCUCCCGCGAGCGAUCUGCCGUGCUCGAGCUGCCCUCUGACCCUUUCGACGGCGGCCGCUCCCUCCCGCUAGUCUGACCCUCGAAAUCUCUGCAGAACGGACGUC